AUGGAGUCCUACCCGCAAUACACAGAAAUCCCUCACAUUAUGCCUAUGACGGGCGUCUCAACCCCGUCCUACGACGCCUAUGAACCGUCGCUCCCCGCCGACCACCCGUUCGUCACCCGCGCAGCCCAGUUCCAAUUCCAUCUUUCCCCCAUGGAGGAGCAAAUGAAGACGCGUGAGCAAGCGCUGGUCCCGCAGCCGUGGUGGAAGGCAGACGAACAGACCUUUGGAAUGGGCUACGUGCCGCCGGACUUGACUUGCGCGGAUCGAUUUCCGCCCUGGAACAGCGGCAUUUCUUCUAUCUCCGACCCGCAAAGUCCGCAGAGUAGCAACAGCGGCAGCGUGCUCGCGACGAGCUGCAUCGCAUUUCCGCCCUUCGGGCAAGACCAGAUCGCCAUCAAUGUGAUCGAUGAUCAAACGGGCUAUCCUACCCCGAGCGGUCUCGUCGAGAUCGACCCUUCGAUGAUGGCGAAGCCACGAACAUUUGAGAUUCAACCCGAUCCUCGAUCCCCCCACGAACCGGACUUUGAUUCUUGGUCUGGCAGUCAAUCAGACCGCAAUGUCACUCCAGAACAGCAAUGGCCCUCCCCUGUGCCAUCAGACUCUCUGGGUAUUUCCACAUCAACUCGCCGCUCCAAGGCUCAAAGCACAUCUACAUCACGAGUCCGUAAGAGCUCAUCAAAACGCCCAUCCUCCAUACAGGGUCGCAAACGGCGGCGUCGCGGCGCUUCCAGCUCUGGCAACGGCGAAGAAAAUACGCCGCGCACCUUCGUGUGCAGCUUUGCGCGCUACGGCUGCGAGAGUACUUUUGUCUCCAAGAACGAGUGGAAGCGUCACGUCACCUCCCAACACCUGCAACUCGGCUUUUACAGAUGCGAUGUGGGCAAGUGCAGUGUCCACAUGCACGCCAGUCCCAAUCGCUUCCUCUCUCCAUCACCAUCUCCCAACUCCCGUUCCCGCGCAAGCACUCCACCACCAGGCCAACCUAACGACUUCAACCGCAAAGACCUCUUCACCCAACACCAACGCCGCAUGCACGCACCCUGGUUUCAAUCCGGCCGUCGCCGCGUUCCUUCGGACAGUGAACAUGCUGCUUUUGAGGCCAGCCUGGAGGAAGUUCGGCGCCGCUGCUGGUAUGAACUCCGCCAGGCACCAUUCCAGAGCCACUGCGGCUUCUGUCACGAGGUGUUUAGUGGGCCGGGCAGUUGGGAUGUCCGGAUGGAACAUGUCGGGCGGCACUUUGAGCGUGAAGAUCGCCAGGAGCUUGGUGAAGAGCUCGAGGAUGUGGCAUUACGGGAGUGGGGGCUUCGAGAGGGGAUUCUCACUCAGUCUGACGGCAGAUGCCGACUAGCGUCGCUGGUGGGGCUGGAUAUGUAA